GAUGAAAAGGGGAAAAACAUAUUGUUUGUGACGACUAGUGAUCGGGUCUAUGGGUUGGGCAGUAAUAGUGAGGGAGUGUUGGGUUUGGGACACAACCGACCCAUACAUACACCCGAAGAAUUUAUCAUUGGAUUGGAUUUUGUAUUGGUUUUGAAUAGCGAUCAACAAAUGUUUGGCUGGGAAACCAAUCGGAGACCGAAUUACAGGGAAAUGUUUGAACAGUUGAUAGGUUUAGGUUCCGGUGCUUUUGGCGAUGUGUUUAAAAAACAAUUAUUUGGAAAAAUAAUGACUGAAUUUGAAUAUUAUAUAUCAUAUGAAAUAUUCAAACAAUUGGUCGAAAGUGUGGAGUAUUUGCACAAAAAUAAUAUCAUUCACAGAGACCUCAAACCCGAUAACGUGUUGAUAGUAAACAAGACUCUCUGGAAUAGACAGCGAUUUAUUAUGUUAUGUGACUUCGGUUUGUCUAAAGAAGUAAAAGCAUUGAGCGAUGGAUACAAUCAAAGUAAUGCUAAACACACCGCAGAUGUGGCUCUAUAUAUGGCACCCGAAGCACAGUUUGGCACCGAUUAUAACCAUUUAAUAGAUGUCUAUAGUCUGGCACUCAUUGGAGCGAAAAUAUUUGGUUUCGAUUCCGACGAUAUCAGAGACGGAGUGUAUAUUUGAUUUCAAUAUAAAAAUUGAUAAUAAUUUAAAUCUAAAGAAUAAAUUGUCAGAAAUAUACGGAUUAUUGCUGUCAAUGAGUGUUAGUAUAUAUACAAAGAAUUGCGAAGAGAUUAACGAUAUAUGGAAACAAAGGCCUG